UCUCUCCUGGUCUGCAGCCACGUUUCCUAUGCAGGAGCUCAGAGUUAGGCAGGGUUUUGGUGCAGCACCUCUGCAUGUGCAGGGAUGUGACUUGGCUGUAGUUCCUGGUGGGAGAUGAGCACAGCAGGGCAAGCCCUCCUUGGAAAGGAAAGGCUUUUCUGAGUUUCUCAGGACAGUGCUUUGGUGUCUCCCACCUGUGUUGGAGUAUGAAUUUAUCUGGAAAUUACCCUGGGGGAAAUGCUGAGAAGAAAAGUCCUGUCUUGAACCCACAGCCUUGGAAAGGGGGUGUUGGAGGGAAGCUGGAGCUUCUCGUGUUGGAGGGCUCCUGGAAAGCAACACAAACACUGAUGGGAUGGUGAUGUAGCAGCAUGUGAUGGUCAGUCAGGGCACAGCCUGGCUCCUCUUGUCCCUUCUGUGGCAGGGAAGAGCUCACAGCUGGUCCCUGUGGCUCUCCAGCAGGGCUGAGCCAUUGGAGAGCCACAGGCUGAAGAUUGUCCUUGAGACCCUGUAGCUCAGCAUGGUCUGUGGGUGCUCAGCACGGCCAGGGAAUGGAAAACGGGUGUGACAACAACCAUGAUCAUCUUCUGGGCAAGACUGGGAUGGGGUCUGACAGUACCUCAGGCCCAGGCUGUCUGUCCUGUGCUGAUGUGGAAGCGUUGCCAUCACGGGGGUAGGAUUUGGAGGGCACACCCUGGCCCACAGCUCUGCAUGCUUGAGCCAGUAUUCCCAGUACCCCUCCUUCGUGCUGUGCUGUGCUCCUGGGCCUUUGCCUCGGGGCUGUGCAGGUGGGGGAGGAACCAGCAGUGCUGGGUCCAGCUGCUGCCUCCUUGGAGGUUUCCAUCUUGUUCUUGCUUUCCAGGGAUCUGCUACACAAUAUUUGACCUGGGCUUCCGCUUCGAUGUGGCUUGGUUUCUGACAGAGACCUCACCCUACAUGUGGUCCAACCUGGGCAUUGGCUUGGCCAUCUCCCUGUCUGUGGUGGGAGCUGCCUGGGGGAUUUACAUCACAGGCUCCAGCAUCAUUGGCGGUGGAGUCAAAGCCCCACGGAUCAAAACAAAGAAUCUGGUGAGCAUCAUUUUCUGUGAGGCCGUGGCCAUCUACGGGAUCAUCAUGGCAAUAGUCAUCAGUAACAUGGCUGAGCCUUUCAAUGGAGUCACCCCAGAAGAGAUUGGAGCCAGGAACUACCACGCAGGUUUCUCCAUGUUUGGAGCUGGUCUGACCGUGGGUUUAUGCAAUCUCUUCUGUGGGGUCUGCGUGGGCAUCGUGGGCAGCGGGGCUGCCCUGGCUGAUGCCCAGAAUGCCAGCCUCUUCGUCAAGAUCCUGAUCGUGGAAAUCUUUGGCAGUGCCAUAGGGCUGUUUGGAGUCAUUGUUGCUAUCCUGCAGACAUCUAAAGUAAAAAUGGGCUGAGCCCUGUUGCACUCAGCCUGUUCCAGCACACCCCAGGAGGUUCUGUACAUACUUAUUUAAUGUUUCUAUACUCGGUUGGGGUGGGAGAUGCUGGCACCGGCAGCAGGAGCCUGACCGCCUAGAGCCCCGUCCUGCAGAUCAGUCGGCCCCGUGGAAGAAACAAAUUUCUCUGUGUGAAUUCUGCCCCCAGCAGCCUGGCCCAGCUCGUGGGGCCCUGCUGCUGCCCGUCCCCGGUGUGUAGAAUUGACCAUCAGUGCAAUCCUGUGUCAGUGAAAUAAAUAUGGUUCUUGUCCA